UAAACACGGCAUGCUUUGGCAUGCGGAAUUCCCCCUCAAUGACUGCAAUCACGAGAGGAUGGGCUCAAGGCUGAAUCGGAUUGAAAGUGUAUUCAGGAUACUUCAGGGAGAGUAAAGGUCCAAGAAGGCUUGUAUUACACAGUAUGCUGUUGCAUCCAGACCUGAAAACCAACAGGUCUGAGAAAUUUCAGACAUGACCAUGCGGCGCCUGUCCUCCCUGUGCAGGCCACGCAAUCCAACAUGCAAGUACGUGCUGCCAAUAUUUUCAAUUGCGGCGCUUAUUUAUUCCAUCAAUGAAUGCUGGAGGUGCAACAAUCAGGUGCUGGAAACCAGUGUUCGCCAUGUUGAGAACUCAGAUAGAAAACUCCUGCCAGAAGAUUUGGUGCUAAGCAGUGUGUCUGGGAGGAUCACCAACAGUCUCCAAACUAAGUCAGCUAAUUACCUUGAAUCUCAUAACAGAAAUACUGCUUUCAAAGAAAACGCCUACAAAGUAAUAAAAUGUCAUAUUAAUGCAGAAUAUGAUAUUCCCUGUCGUAGAGAGAAGGAGGAGGUCUAUGUACCAUUUAGCUUCAUUCAGAACUACUUUGAUAUCACAGGCAAGUUGGAGAAGGAAGAGGAGGGUGGGAGGCUGCAAUGGCUUCACAGUUACUCCAAGAUCUCCAAACCCAGGGAGAACUAUACUACAGGAGGGGUGUACAUGCAUUUUGACCAUUAUUUUGUAGAGAACCGAGACACAGUCAAGUGUAUUAGUGGCAUAGAACAUGUUCCUGUCUGUAACCAGUGGAAUGCCAGUGGCUAUUACUACCCACUGCAGAUUGCUCAAUAUGGCCUCAGCCACUACUCAAAGCUUCUGGUGGAGCAGGUAGCGCCAAGGAAGACCGUACUUCUCAGCCAGGGGGUCAUUAAGAAGAAGCGAUGGGCAGUCAACAGGGGGGACACGCUGACCAGAGUCCUCGACCCCCUGCGCGGUGGAUAUGUGAUUGAGUUUUUUGCAGAAGAAUCUUUUGCCAAACCAGGAAUUGUAUUCUCAGUAAGUGAAAAAGAAAACUUCAUUUUGUCCUUUGAUUUAAGAUUUAAACAAAGUGGAAGCCUGACUGUUGUUGUUGAGACCAAUCAAAAGCGUGUCAAGAGAAAGCUUUUUGUGACCUAUGUCUGCAGUAAUGUAAUGAUCUCAGUCUCUGGGGAGCAGGUGUAUUAUGGGAUAGGUUCAGACAAGUGCAGAACAUGGCGAACCAUCACGCGUGAUAUCUUCAUCGACAUUGAGAAGGGGCUGGGAAAAAAGAAAAUAAACAAAAGGGUAUCCAAAAUUGUAGGUAUUCACCUUCGAGGACAUGGGUGGAUUGAUAAUAUAACCACUUCCAGCUCAGCACAUUUGACACAGUUUUAUCAUGCAGCUGAUUGGCUGUUGAGAGCACAGGAUCAAAAUGGCGGCUGGCCAAAUAUGGUAACUCACUGGGUUGCUAAGGAAGCCCAAGCUUUGUCUCCAGGGUGGUACUCUGCCAUGGCUCAAGGACACGCCAUGUCCGUGUUGACACGUGCUUAUCUCCAUUCCAAGGAGAAAAAAUACUUGGAGGCUGCAGUCAGAGGUCUGAAACCGUUUGAUGUGAAAAGUGCAAAUAAUGGUGUCCUGGCGCUUUUUAUGGAUAAAUAUGCCUGGUAUGAGGAAUAUCCCACCACACCAAGUCUUUUUGUUCUCAAUGGAUUUAUAUUUUCACUGAUGGGACUUUACGAUUUGAGAACUGUAUUAUCGGACAACAAAGAUGUACAGCGUCUUUAUUCUCAAGGGUUGACGUCCCUAAAGGCCUUAUUGCCGCUCUUUGACACAGGAUCUGGAACAACUUAUGAUUUGCGCCAUGUUACCAUGAAGUUACCACCCAACAGAGCUCGCUGGGAUUACCACACGACACAUAUUGUACAACUUCUGGUGUUGUCUUCCGUAGAAAGUGAUCCUAUAUUUGCUACAACAGCUCAGAGAUGGAGUGACUAUACAAGAGGUGUGCUGUCUCCCCACAAUUAAGCUUGUGUUGUUUCCAGCUAUUGUGGACUCCCUCUAAUGCUUAGCCAGCAUUUUAAACCAGGGGCAAGUUUCUCAAUAGAAGUCAAAACUAAAAAGUUGAUCUGAACUAUGGUUUACUUUAUUUCAGGAUAAAUUAAUAGAACUGGGCAGUCUUCAAAUGUAAAGUACUACUGUGGUAGUAAUUAUUGUCCUAGGGCAAGUUCCCAGUGAAACUUAUCUGUCCUACUUGUGGGGACACACCUCCCCAAGAAGCUGGGGGAUUGAAUAACUUUCGCUCGCGCUUGGAAUCUGGAAGCUUUUUCAUUUCAUUUUGAGCAUGACCGAAGGUACAUGGAAGUUAAUCCUCUGUAGCUGCCCCAGAAGACAUGUCAUUCAGUUUACUUAAACAUUAUGCACUUCUUUUUACAAAAGAGAAAAAAUAUUUGAUAAAGUGGACUACUACAGAACUAUGACAUGUCUUGAGUCAAAGUAAACUUAAUUUCUUGAUUUUUAAGUCUAAAGUUGUUGUUUUUUUUCUGUAAAGCUUGCCCUGGAGUGAAAAUCUUUAGACAAAAAUGCUCAAACAUAUGAGUUUGUGUGGUUUGUGGUUUAGCUGUGGUCAUAUGAAAAUAUUUUUAUCUAAAUUAUUUUUUUAUCUGAAAUGAAACAGAAUGAAAGUUUAAGAAAUUGACCAUUUUUUGUUAUUUUUCUACACAAAAAAGAUACAAGUAGUUCAUAGGUGAUACUUUACAAAGAGCUGGUUUUAACAGGGACCCUUAAGAUUAUUUUACAAGUUGUUGCCAUAGCUGUUUUACAAAGUUUCCCAGAGUCAUUUUGAUAUACAUGUACCUGUAGGCUAUAAGAGACAUUAGUUAGAAGUUAUUAAGAAGUUUGUGAAGUAGCUUUGCAUAGUCCUUCAGCUAUAUAUUACACAGGGUUAUGAAUUUCAUUAUCGUCAGUGGGUGGAUAUAUGUGAUACUUUUUCAUCCAUAACGUAAUCAUUAAAUAUAGUUAAUAUUUUUUAUUUGGAGCACAUGCAUUAAACAGUUUGAUCAGAGUUAUUUUGAUGGGCUUUACUGUGAUAUCCACAUUUUUUUUUUUUGCAUUUUGUGUGUUUAUUGAAUUUCGCACUUUUCUGGGGGGUUUAUAAUUUGAUUUGCAGUCAGGAAGGGUGCUUUGUUUGUGAUACGUGCAAAAUAUUUGAUAAGCUGUUACUUCAUUGAUUACAUAGGCAAAGAAAUGAUGCCAGGUGCAGUAUUGAAGAAUUAUAUAAUAUAGAUGAUGUUGUUAAGAUAAACAUUUUAAAUGGAUGUUUUCGUUGCAGUUCCCAUGCAAAUGUUUUCUUUUAAAGAACAUUUGGAAGAAAAAAGUGUAAUUUAGUUCAUACUCAUAUUUAAAGUGGGUUCAAAAACUGAAAGUUCGAGUGAUUUGGAAUAACAUUUUACUGAAAAGCACAUUGUUAGGGUGCAUUCUUCAGGUGCCAAAAUAGUUUUUUUUUAUAUUUUUAAAAUUGAAGUUAAUUAUAUAAGUAAAUCGUCCAUACACACAGGCAAACAUGUUUGCAUAAUUAUAUAACUCCUGCUCAUUGUAAAAAUUAAAAAAAAAAA